AUGGCCGCCACCAGACAGCGCAAGACUUCCGUUUCCCCUCUCAAACUCAACCGCUACCACGAGCAGCCCGCUGUCAUUGCGAGUGUGUACGAGUCUGACAGCGACGCCUCUACACUUUUCCUCGUUCACGACGAUACCCCCAAAACGCCUGUCGCUCCUCGCUUCACGCCGAGGUCCUCCAAAUUUCCGCGCCACCCCAAUCCUCGCUCGCCACCCGCCCCGCCCAUCGUGAACCAUACCACCGCCUACGGUCAGGUCCGCCAGGCGUCUGCCGGCGAUCCGGUUAGGCCACCGCCCUCUACCCGGCGGACUGCCCCCACAGCCCGCCGUGGCUCUCUCGCAUCCUCUCGGCCACCCAUGCAACGCUGUCAGCCCGGUCCGUUCGUCGAAUUGUCAGUGCUCAACAGGGGCGCUACGGGCACUACGUCGGCGUAUGAAGACAGGGCGACCGGGCGUGUCAUUUGCCUGAAGGUCUGCAACAAGAAGGCCGCGGAUGAGGACAAGUAUGUCGCGGGAUCGCUGCAGCGCGAGAUUGCGGCAUACAAGGUGGUUUCGAAGGCGCCUUCCCCGUUUGUGCUACAGAUGCAUGGAGCUUUCCAGGACUUCGAAUUUGUCUACUUCGCAUUCGAUUUGCAGAAGUACAGUAUGUGGGACAGGGUUCACGGCGGGGUCACCGUACCCCAAGCGGACUCGCGACGCUGGGUUGCGCAAGUGGCUUUGGGAAUCCAGUACCUCCACGAUAUCGGCCUUAUCCACCGCGAUCUCAAGCCUGCCAACAUCCUGAUCACUCCGAACAACGACGCCCUCAUCGGCGACCUUGGCUGCGCCUACAUCUGCGAGAGUGGGAUUGUCCGCGUGGGAAACCGCUAUACGAAGGAUUUUCUGUACACCGAUGGCUAUUGCUCACCCGAGGUGGACGCUCUCGAAUAUUGGGGCGGGGCUUACGGGCCCGAGGUGGACUGGUGGGGCCUUGGAUGCGUGAUGUACCAGCUUGCCACUGGCUGGCCGCCGUUCGAGGGCGAACUCUUGCGCGAAUACAUGAAGGCGGAGCGCGAUGGUGAGGGAUAUAUUUGGCUGAAGAAUGGCCUGCCCGAGGAAAUCACGAAGGAGGAAGUCGAAUGCAUCUACGGGCUUCUGCAACUUGGACCGUUCGAGCGCUGGUCUCUCAAGCAACUCAAGGGUCAUCGCUACUUUGAUGCGAACUACCUCUCCGACAUUCGUCCCUUCGCCGACUCCUUCACGCACGCUCGUCACCGCGCCAACUCGAUUGCCAACCCGCGGCUCUAUCGCCCGGAACCCGCUCAUUACCGCCAACUAAUCAAGGAGUGCGCGAACGACGAGGGCCGUGACUUACUCGCCUCGACGCUCAAGACCAUUCAAACCUACGACAAGUACGACGCUGCGAGCGCAGCGUUCUACUCCCCGCUCGCGUGGAUUAACGAGACAAGCAUCUGGACGGUUCAUGACCCUCAUGAACCACCAAAGCCGCUGGGCAUCGAAUGCGAAAGUGAUGCCAGUAGCACAGACGAAAGCGAUACGGGCAUGAGCGACGUGCUCAUGAGUGACUACAACUAG